UAACCCGAAGAAGAACGGACCAGAUGGAAAAACAUGGCGGCGUCUGAGAAAGACUCGACACCAGGGAAGCCUCCAAAGAAGGACUCGCAGCCGUUAAUCAUUGCCAAAACUCCCGCAGAGGAGCAGCGGCUCAAACUGGAGAAAUUAAUGCGCAACCCGGAUAAACCGGCGCCGAUUCCGGAAAGACCGAAAGAAUGGGCUCCACGCUCCGCCCCAGAGUUCGUGCGUGACGUCAUGGGUUCCAGUGCUGGAGCAGGCAGCGGCGAAUUCCACGUCUACAGGCACUUGAGGCGGCGCGAGUAUCAGAGACAGGACUUUCUGGAAGGACUGUCUUUAAAGCAAAAGCUGGAUGAAGACUAUAAGAAGAAAAUGAAGGAAAAUGCGCAGGCAGCUGAGGAGAGGACAGCCAAACGCAGGAAGAAGAGGGAGAAGCUCAAGCAGAAAAAGUUGAUGGUCAAGAAAUCCAAACAGGAGAGCAAGAACCAAACAGACUCUGAUAAAGAGCAGGAGGAGUCCUCGGAGAGCGAGAAAGAGGAGGAGGAAGAGAAAGAACAGGAGGAGGAUGGUGCUGAGGAACCCAGCUUUGUCAUGGGAAAGAGGUGAUUCCUGAAGACUCUUCUCAGGAAAGCACCAUGGUCCUGAAUCCCUUCAACAAGGAGAAUAGACUUUUCUAAAAGCUCAGAAGGAAUGGUCAACCAGGACUCGUAGAAAAUUACCAGACGUUGUAUUUCUUCUCAAGAAUGUUCUCUCUCCUUAUGUUUUUUUUUGUACAUAUUAUAUUUUUUUAUAAACAUCACACAAACACCGGUC